UGUGGCUUUAACCUCUCCCCCCACUGCCCAACAUUGCUGUAUCUUCCCAUCCAGGUGGCAGUUGAAACACGAUCUGUGAUAGCAUGGAUGGAAAAAAUUCCAUUUGUGCUUGGGGGCAACUUACAAGGAGGAGAGCUUGUGGUUGCCUACCCUUACGAUAUGGCCCGGUCCACAUGGAAAACUCAGGAGCAUACGCCUACCCCAGAUGACCAUGUUUUUAGGUGGCUGGCAUAUUCCUACGCCUCCACUCACCGACUGAUGACAGAUGCUCGUAGACGAGUCUGCCAUACUGAGGACUUCCAGAAAGAAGAUGGAACUGUAAAUGGAGCUGCAUGGCACACCGUUGCUGGAAGUAUAAAUGACUUCAGCUAUCUUCAUACAAACUGUUUUGAAUUGUCCAUAUAUGUUGGCUGUGACAAAUAUCCACAUGAAAGUGAAUUACCCGAAGAGUGGGAAAAUAACCGGGAAUCUCUAAUUGUUUUUAUGGAACAGGUGCACCGGGGAAUUAAAGGCAUGGUCCGGGAUCAACAUGGAAAAGGAAUUCCCAAUGCCAUUAUUUCUGUGGAAGGUGUUAACCAUGACAUCCGCACAGCAAGUGAUGGAGAUUACUGGCGACUUCUUAACCCCGGAGAAUACGUGGUCACUGCAAAAGCAGAAGGCUAUACUACAACUACCAAAAACUGUGCUGUAGGAUAUGACAUGGGUCCAACCCGCUGUGACUUCACAAUCAACAAAACCAACAUGGCCCGAAUCAAAGAGAUCAUGGAGAAAUUUGGAAAGCAGCCCAUUAGUCUCUCACUCCGACGGGCCAGACAGCGAUCAAGGCAGAGGCGUCAGCAGUAUAGACUACGUUCUGCAGUGUAACAGAUUUUGCUAUCAUGUUCCUCACUUAAACGGAGACCUAUUCUAACAGUAGAAAAAAUAUAGGAAGAUUUUUUAAAAUAUCCCUUUUCUAACCAUAUUCUCAUUUAGGAUCUGUGCUGAAGAAUAUUUGGGAUUCCAGAGCUAGAUUUAAAGCAUCUUCUAAAAACACUGAAGUAAACCAUUGUUCGCUAAAAAGAUUGCACAAAGGAGCAAUUAUGUGCAGCACAUGUACCUCUGACCUAAAGAAAGGGCUUCAUAGAAAUAGACGCUGAGAGGAAAUUCCAUACUGAUACAACAGUAGAUAAUCUGCUGCAUGUGAAACUAUUGAAUCAAAGGUGCUGUGAAUACCAGCUUUGGGUUUUGGGUGAUGGAAAUGAGAUUUUAGGAACUGAAUAUUAAAUGCAGUAUGUCAUGCAAACCUUCAGGCUUGGAAACAAAAUUUGGAUCCUGUCCAAGAUCCCACCUAACUGUUUUAUUCAGCAUCUAUUAUGGUGCAGCUGACCCAAAAUGAAGUGCAACAGAGGGUGAUGAGAUGUGUAAGAAGAAAAAACAACUGAAGUGGUAUCCUUUUAUCACAGAAAAACACUAGAUGAAGAACUGCUUUCAGGGAUGCUUUUAGAAAUGAUCUACGUGGCUUCGGAUGCAACUAAAAUGGACUGACUCUGCAACUGAUUUUAACAUGGUGUGAUGAAAGCAACUGUUGGGUGGAGUUCUAACUCUGCAGAAGUCAACAGUGAAAUUCACCUCUUGCUCACCACUAAUAAACACCCUGUAGAAUGUUUA